AUGCUAAAUCGAGCAACGAUCGACUCUGUUUCAGCCAAGAAUCCGGAGAGCCUCACCGUCCUGGACCGCGAGUACCCAACCGACAGCUGGAUGAACAUUCCGCCGUCGAUCCUUGCAAAAACCGUCUGCCGCCUGCACCUCCAGCCCGGACACCCGCUCAAUCUGCUCAAGGCUAGGAUCGAGGACCACUUUGAAAAGUUCAGCAAAGACAUUGGCUCCAAGGGCUUCCGUGUCAAGGACUCUCUCAAUCCCAUCGUCACAGUCGAGCAAAAUUUCGACGAUCUCUUCAUCUCCAAAGACCAUCCUGGCCGCCGCCCCACCGACACCUAUUACGUCAACGAGGGCCAUGUGCUGCGAACGCAUACCUCCGCCCAUCAGCGCGAGGCUCUCCGCACCCGCGAUGCUCCAGGCUAUCUCGUCACAGCCGAUGUUUACCGCAAGGACGAGAUCGAUACAAGCCACUACCCCGUUUUCCAUCAGAUGGAGGGCAUCUACACCUUUGAUCGCGCAAACCUGGAGACCGAAGCUGCGCUCCCGGCAUCGCUCUCAACCCCAGCCAACGUCGAGGUCACGGGUGCCAAGGUCUGUUCGGAGACCAAUCCAGGACAGGAUGUGCACACCCUCCGCGAAACCGAGCUUGUCGGUGCUCAUCUGCGCACCUCGUUGGAGUGCAUGGUCCGCAACAUCUUUGACGACCCGAACCUCCGAAUCCGCUGGAACGAUGACUACUUUCCUUUUACCGCUCCGAGCUGGGAGAUGGAGGUGUGGUACCAAGACAGAUGGAUGGAGCUCUGUGGCUGCGGCGUGAUGAAACAGGAGAUCCUGGAUAAAACAGGCAACGAGAGCCGGAUCGGAUGGGCUUUUGGCUUUGGACUCGAGCGAAUCGCCAUGGUGCUCUACGGGAUUCCCGAUAUCCGACUCUUCUGGUCGAUGGACGAGCGCUUCCACUCGCAGUUCAAGAACGCCUCCAAGAGCUCGGUGGUCAAGUUCCAGCCCUACUCGAAGUACCCGUCGUGCUACAAGGACAUUUCGUUCUGGUGCCCCGAGAGCUACCACGAGAACGAGUUCUCGGAGGUGGUUCGUGAGGUCGCCGGCGACCGGGUCGAGACCGUCGCACUGAUCGAUAAGUUUACCCACCCGAAAACCAAGCGAACGAGCCGAUGCUACCGAAUCCAAUAUCGCGCCAUGGACAGGACCCUGACCAAUGAGGAAGUGGACUCUAUCCAGGAGAGUGUCCGGCAGAUGGUCAGUGACAAGUGCGGUGUCGAGCUGCGAGGAUAA